AUGUCGGAUGCAGAGGCUGUCAGUCUCCCGCCUUCGGUUGAUGACUGCGAUGAACGUUCACAGGCAGCUUCAGAAGCUGCGUCAGUUUCUCUGCCGCCAUCCGUCAAUUCUGAUCCCGAUGAGCCAGGGCAGGCAGGGCCUUCAUCCGGAGCCAAGGUCGCAGCAUCUUGUUGCCGGAAUGCUUGUCUGGAAACUUGGCGAGGGAAAGCUGAGGAGCUGCAGCUGGCACUGGCCAGCCUGAGCUUUCAUGAACGACAGGCCAAGAUUUUUGAAGAAGUGAAGCGUGUUGUGAAAGACAACAGUCCUGAUGGUUCAACAGGCUCAGGCCGGUUGAAAUGGAGCAUGUUCGGGGCCUCUGUUUGCCGGAUCUUUUGCCAGAAUCACUGCUUCCAAAGCAACCCGAAGACCAUCGACAAGAUGAUCCAAUAUGCUCGCUCUGGGCUCUCAGAGCUCCCGGAAAGGGGGCCAAGACUGCCACGAGAGACUAAAACGAGUGAUGAAUUAGAUGUCUGGUUCCUCGAGGUCUACAAGAAUCUGGCAGAGCCUUUAGCGGUGGAAGGGUCUGAGAGCAGUAAACUGGCGACUGCCGCCGGGGAGCAGCAUGAGUUGGUGGUCGACGAGACUCAUCCCCUGUAUGCCAUGAGUGUCAACCUUGAUGGCAAGAAGUCGGCCGCUGUCCCGAAAAGAUUCUUGAACUUUGCCGUGGCCGAGGACUUAUGGCGAUUCUACGAGGUCGAUGUGCCAAAGAAUGAGCAGUGCAGUCGAAACACAGUUAUGAAGGGCUACCAGCGAUGGAAAAGGUUUUUGCCCCUGAAGGACCCUGGUGACGGAACGAAGUGCAGUAUCUGUGCUACCUUGGCAGAACGAAAAGCGCAAUGCAGCACCAAGGUAGAAAGGGAGCAAGUGAAUGUGGACCUCAAGCAUCACUUGGAAUGUGUCAGGGGAGAUCGCACUGUCAACAACCGGACCAACAAGCACGCGUCUGAGAAGACUGUGUAUAUGUCCAAGGACAGGUACAUGAAGGUAAUGAUCGAUGGCAUGGACCAGGCCAAAUUUUGCCUCCCUCGUCACAGGAAAUUGGCAGCGACCAGUGACGCCUCCAAGCGAUGGAGACCAGCAAUUCAUGUCACAGGCGUCAUUACAUGGGGUCUGCUAGAAAUAUACUUCAUACUCCCUAGCAGUGUCCCCAAGGACUCAAACAUGAAUGCCACGAUUUUGGCUCGUUGCUUGGACAUUGCUCAAGAAUCAUUGGAGGAGGGCCAGUCGCUGCCGGAUCACCUCCUAGUCCAGGUUGACAACACAACGAGAGAAUCGAAGAAUCAGCACUUUGCGUUGUUUCUCUCGUAUUUGGCCUCUUCCGUCUUCAAGAGUGUUGAAUGUCAUUAUCUCCAAGUUUCGCACACAAAGAAUGAGCUGGACCAGCGUUUCAGCACAAUGGCCAGCAUCAUCAAGCAGGCCGAGUGCAUCGAAGAUCUUGAGGAGUUACGGGACUACAUCAAGUCUCACAUGACCACAGCUGAGCAUCGGAAGCUCGUGGUUGAGAUUCUCCCCAACACUUGGAACUUUCAAGAAUGGUUUGCUGUCACUGGCAUCCAGCUGAGUGGGCUGGUCUCCACUCACUUCGAACCCUACGCGAAUCAUGUGUGGCGAUUCCAGAGAAGGGCUGACGUUUCGGGCGAGAUUGUGUCGGAGCUGAGGAAUGUGACCCCGGAUGAUGGGGACGUGGUGCUCACUGUGAAGCAAUUCAUGUGCUCGCAAAACCCCUCGCAGGACCCCGUCCUCAUGCUGCCCUUGCAAGCAGCACAGAGUUUGAAGGGCCGGUCCUUGACAGCCAUGAGCCCGAACCCUUUCGCCAAAAAGACGCUUACGGAGUUUAGGAAGACCGCCAAUUGGGUAGCAUCGGAUCCUUGGCUGCUGCUGAAAGGCCAAAUGUUCUUGGAAGAAAUCUGCAGCUUGAAUGAAGCGGGCCAGACCCACGGCGAGCCUCCCAAGCUUCACUUUGUGUUUGCCGGGGAUGAACGUUGUGACUUCGAUGAUGGCCCCAUUUUGGCAGACUUGGACCCUCCGGGACCAGGCCCAGCUCCUCGCGAGGUUCGGGUCGCUCCCAAGAAGCGUGUCAUGCGGAGACCAGCAGCGCCCGCCAAAAGGCCUGCCAUGAUGGCUGCCUCAAGAGCAAGCCCGUCUUGCCCGGCAGCAGAAUCGGGAGUGGACCCCCUGGUCGUCUUUGGUCGUCCUGCAGAGUCAGAAGCUGAAUCAGAAUCAGCUGCUGCUGCUGGUGCCGUGAAUGCCGCAGCUGACGCAGACCCUGUGGACCAGGAUGCCUCCAUGGCAGCCGCAGCUGAGUUACCAGCAGCCGAUCCAGGUCCAAUUCUUGGAGCAGACCCUGCAGCUCCAGCAGCAGCAGCUGUGGGUCAGCGUAGAGUGAUGCACUUUGGUUGCUCGAAGUGUCGGAAGAACCCGGCAGGAUGUCCUGGUCGUUGCCGAAAAUUCGCAGCCGAAGGCAGGAAUGAUUAUGGCUAUGAUGAGCAGGGCAAUGUAGUUCGCUUUGAGCCUGCCGAGUAG